AAGCACACCUGCACGCUUCCCCUUCUCUCCAUCUGCAGUUUUCGCGUCCAGCCCCCGAUCGAUCACGAUGGCUUCCGUCACAGCUUGCGCUUCCACCAGCCUCGCCGGUCAAGCCCUCGGGGCUUCCAGCAACCAACUCGCCGCCAAGGUGAACGUCGGCGAUGCCCGCGUGGUCAUGCGCAAGACCGGUUCCAAGGCCGCCUCUUCCAGCAUCUGGUAUGGUGAGGACCGACCCAAGUACUUGGGCCCAUUCUCCGGUGCCACCCCAAGCUACUUGACCGGUGAGUUCCCCGGUGACUACGGUUGGGACACUGCCGGACUCUCUGCCGACCCCGAGACCUUCGCCAAGAACCGUGAAUUGGAAGUGAUCCACGCCCGAUGGGCUAUGUUGGGAGCUUUGGGAUGUGUGACCCCCGAGCUGCUGGCGAAGAACGGUGUGAAGUUCGGCGAGGCAGUAUGGUUCAAGGCCGGGUCUCAGAUCUUCUCCGAGGGAGGUCUGGACUACCUCGGCAACUCUGGCCUCGUCCACGCCCAGAGCAUUCUGGCCAUCUGGGCCUGCCAGGUCGUGCUCAUGGGAGCCAUCGAGGGAUACAGAGUCGCAGGAGGACCCCUGGGAGAGGUGAGCGACCCCAUCUACCCCGGAGGCCAGUUCGACCCCCUGAACUUGGCUGAGGAUCCCGACACCUUCGCCGAGCUCAAGGUUAAGGAGCUGAAGAACGGCCGCCUCGCCAUGUUCUCCAUGUUCGGCUUCUUCGUGCAGGCCAUCGUCACCGGCAAGGGUCCCAUCGAGAACCUGUCCGACCACUUGGCCGACCCAGCCGUCAACAACGCAUGGGCCUAUGCCACCAACUUCACCCCCGGAAACUAGAUCGCGCUCUCUUCAAUUCGUUGACACUACAACAGAUGCCUUUUUGUACCAUAGUUAGAUCGUAGGAGCUUUUGCCGAGUGAGUCGUAUGGUAGUGGCGCACAAGCCAGAAUUUGAGCUGCGGACUUUGAUCUCUGUCACCAAUUCGUCUACUGAAUAAACUUCACUUCCGCCAUCUACUUGUAUACUGCUGAUAAUCGGAAUCUCCCCUCUUUCACUGAUGCCUCAUCCGUCACAAAUUGCUCAUCAUUUGCACUUGCAUCAACUCCACGGCUAGCUCGCAGUGCCAUUACUUCGUACAGACUCACAUUGCUUGAGUUCUGCUAAUAGUUACGAGAACUUAAAUCAUUUCGCGAUCUGUUAGAAAAUUCAUUCCUGUUCCGUAACAUGCACAUAUGUACCC